CAGAGGGGAAAACACAAGCAGAUCAUUUUGAUGCUUGCUGUCACUUCGAGCUUUUGGGCCUAGUGAGUAGUGUUCUAGCACCAGUCAGGUUUAUGUCAACGGCAAGCUCAGUUUCCACUGCAUACUUUUCAUGGUUUGCCGUCCUGUCUAAGGAAAGUUGCUUCCUCCUCCGAAUAUCUGUUGCUGAUAUACGAGAGAUUUACCCAAAACCAGUACUAGUAAUCACUUUUAUCUUCACACUGCUGUUGAAGUGCUCUGGCCAGUCGUUUGUGUCACGAAGAUGGGACAUUCAUACGAGCGUGUUCCGAUUGGAGACCAUGAAUCCUACUACGUAUGCCGCAACUGCAAAGUGCUUCUUGCCAAUUUUGCCAACAUUAUCUCAAAGAAUUUCCAUGGAUCUACGGGGCCUGCAGUGCUCAUAUCAAAUGUUGUUAAUGUCAGGCAUAGAAAAGUGGAGAUCAAAAUGCUUAUGACUGGUCGUCACUACACGUCCACAAUAGAAUGCUCUCAUUGUUCGUUUGUAAUCGGCUGGUUCUACGACUAUGCCUGUGACCCGUCCCAAAUGUACAAGGAAGGGAAGUACAUCAUAGAGGUUGGCCUGGUUCUGCAGGAAGACCACCCCAAACUGGUUAAGCACGGCUUGCUAGGGUUCUUCUGAAGGAAUCUUCAGCGAGCCCGUACGUCUAGCACUCGCGUACCUAGGACCCAGGGAGUCGUGUUCGUAUGACUCCCUUGCUUGGACGUGUUGUAGUCGCCUCUCGGGGCUGGCUGUAAGACCCGCGCCUGUAUUGUCUAUAUAGCUGAUAUACAUGCAUCAUAACACUACCAGCUGAUAGCAGCUUGGUGAGAGAACCGUGUAGACUACGCACUGCAUUCACUAACCCUACUUCCCGUCCUUGCUAAAUAGAUAUCCUUUAUUCCCGAAAAAUAUUCCCAACCUAGACGCUCGUCCGUUGUCUUGAUAAUGGACUCGCUGGUGUGCGUGCGUGUGUGCCUGUGUGUGUGUGUUUGUUUGUGUGUGUUGGUGUGCGUGUGUUGGUGUUGGUGUGGGUGGGUGUGCGCACGCACUGCACAGCAUGGCAGCGGGUCAUUUUCUUCGCGGACUAUUUAGAUUCGCUGAAUCAGUUAACGUGGCCGGUACUGGUCUUGAUUUCUUAUGUGCAUCUCUUUUAUGGCUGCACCCCCCCCCCCCCCCCCCGCACCUGCUUGGUGCUAUGUCUUACUGCUGUAUGUUCUGAAAGAUAACCAUCCCUUUAUGCUACCACAGUUCUUUUACUCGAUCCUGCUAUUGUCCCGUUUGUUCUGGUGUCUUGUUUCGUCCUGUAUGGAGAAGCUUCUGCUUGCCGGCUGCUUCUCUCUUUUUAAUUUAUACUUCGUGCUAGUUUGCUUUGCAAUGGCUGGUUUCUAUUUAUCAAAGCGAGGUGUCGCUGCUGUCUUAUUUUAAAAUUGAGAAAACUACGAAUUAAUGAACUUUAGGAAGUCAUCUGGACGUACCCUGUUGUUGUUUUGAAAUGUGUCCAAUGCUCUGGACGCAGGAGAUAUGUUUGCAUCAUGUGAGUCUUAACGCCAAUUGAUCUAUUUGAUCCUCA